CCCCUUCACCAUCUCUGACAUUUUUAUUUUUAGUAAGCAAACUCUGAAUUUCUGGAUCUGAUUCUUUUCCAUUCUGCCAGGGUUUUUGGUGAGUUUACUUUUUCUACCUCUGCUUUGAUGAUGAAAAUUCUUUCUUAAAGAUUCAUUUCUAAUUUCCUAAGAUGCAACUUUGAUGAUCGAGAUCUUUUCUUUUUAAGUAGUUUGUCCUUUGGGAUUGUCGAAUUGAAUCGAAAUUCGUGAUCUUUACUCGAUAAUCUGCUGAACUGCCUCUUUGAGUAUGCUUUAUUCACAUAAAUCUCGAAGCUUUUGAGCUGUAUUUCUGUUCUGAUGAAUAAUUAUCCAUUUGGGUCAAAUAGUCCAAAGUCCUUCAAUGCAUAUCCAAGGGGCGACUUUGAUAUCGAAUCUGGUAAUAUCAAAAGAAGCAAAAGGGUUAGAAAUUCAUCGUUUUACCCUGUUAGAUGGAUUAAGUCCUUGGCUGACACGCUUCAUAACUAUUACAAGUUACAUCCAUUCCUUGUUUUCUUUGUUUCAUUGGCAUUUGUGGUCACAAUCAUCAUAGUUCUCUCUCUAAAUGAGCACCACGAUUGGAUGCUGAGAAAUUAUGGGAAACUCGAUGAUGGAUUCGGUAAUUACUAUCCGUAUGCCAAGCUUAAGAAUCUUGUAAUGGUUGCUACGCAUUCGGUUUAUACUAGUACUACUUGUGGAAAGGUUGAUAAGGAAGAUUCUUGGUUUUUGGAGUCGUACCAGAAGAAUCCCGGACAAGCUGCUACAUUUUUUAGUCACAUAAAGGGAGGGGUCGAAAACACCGCUCGGGACGAUGCAGCUUUGCUUCUAUUUAGCGGCGGAGAGACUCGAAAGGAUGCCGGUCCUCGGAGCGAGGCUCAAAGUUAUUGGACAGUUGCUGAAUUGGAAAGAUGGUUUGGGAAGGAAGAAAGUGUGAAGUGGAGGGCAUUAACAGAGGAGCAUGCAAGAGAUAGCUUUGAAAAUCUUCUCUUUAGUGUUUGCCGGUUUCGAGAGCUUACCGGGACAUACCCACAGAACAUAACUGUUGUGAGUUAUGAUUUCAAGGAAGAGAGAUUCGCAAACUUGCAUCGAACUGCGAUUGGCUUUCCAGAGUCACGAUUCUUUUACAAGGGCUCACCACCUCCGUCAGCUUCGAAAGAAGCGGCUUUGAAAGGUGAGACAUUGGUGAGGACUCAGUUCCAAAAUGAUCCAUUCGGGUGUUUGGGAUCGCUUAAGAAGAAAAAGGUAGGGCGCGAUCCUUUCCAUAGGUCGAUUCCAUAUCCGAAUGGAUGCCCAGAAAUUGAAGGUCUGUUUAGAUACUGUGGGACUGUUCCGUAUGAAGGUUCGCUCCCGUGGUCAUAGCAAAGGACACUUGGC